GUGCCGAGGAGCAGGUUUGUAUCUUUCCAGGAGCACCGACCGGGAUAUACGCAGCUCGGUCCGUGUUGCGGACUUCGGCAGCCCAGCGCAAGGGGACGCAGUCUCCCAGGCAGCUGCAGAACUCCAGCAGUACUGUAUGCAGAAUGCCUGCAAAGAUGCCUUGCUUGUUGGGGUUCCUGCCGGGAGCAAUCCCUUUCGGGAACCUCGAUCCUGUGCUCUACUCUGA